AUGGCGCCCUUUAAGUUUGGGAAGAAGCUCUCAAAAGAUAAGUUAAAACAAGAGCAUGUUAGUCCUGCUCAAAAUACUUCUCCAUCACAGCCAUCAAAAUUCUCGCCCAGUCCACAAGCUCAACCACAUGGACUAGUUCAAUCUCAACCUCCCAGCCAACCUCAAUCUCAGCCUCCCAGUCAAAUACAAUCAGGGCCUCCAGUAGCACGCAUUCCACAACCUGCACUUACACGUGUGUUUCCAACGCCAACUCCUGCCCAACAACGAAACGUUUCAAGUGCGUCCGCAUUACAACAACAUGAAUACACGCCAUGGAAUCGUAUCAAGCUGACUAACUCUCCGUUUCCUCGUUAUCGUCAUGUGUCGUCUUCCUAUGUAUCGGACCAAAAUCAAGUGUAUGUUAUUGGUGGGCUCCAUGACCAAUCAGUGUAUGGAGACACAUGGAUUAUAACUUCGCAUGAUAACGGAACGAAAUUCUCCUCCAGAACCGUUGAGAUCAGUGACUCUACGCCUCCUCCGCGUGUAGGGCAUGCAUCGACCCUAUGUGGCAAUGCCUUCGUUAUCUUUGGUGGAGAUACACACAAGGUUAACAGUGAGGGACUAAUGGAUGACGAUGUCUACUUAUUUAACAUCAACUCUUAUAAAUGGACUAUUCCUAAGCCAGUAGGUCCAAGACCGCUGGGGCGUUAUGGACACAAGAUAAGUGUAAUUGCUACUAGUCCUAUGAAAACAAAGCUCUACAUAUUUGGAGGGCAAUUUGAUGAUACAUACUUCAAUGAUCUCGCGGUGUUUGACCUUUCAUCAUUUAGGCGUCCUGAUUCACAUUGGCAAUUCAUCAAACCUCAGAGCUUCUCUCCUCCUCCCUUGACAAAUCACACAAUGAUUUCUUAUGAUCAUAAAUUAUGGGUAUUUGGUGGUGAUACACCUCAGGGUCUAGUUAAUGACGUAUUUGUUUUUGACCCUCAAAUUAAUGAUUGGUACAAGGCCAAUACUUCUGGAGAGAAGCCACCUCCACUACAGGAACAUGCUGCGGUUCUUUAUGGUGAUCUAUUAUGCAUCGUCGGAGGUAAGGAUGAACAAGACGUGUAUUCCAAUUCCGUAUACUUCUUGAAUUUGCGAUCUCUUAAGUGGUUCAAGUUUCCCUAUUUCAAAUCGGGCAUUCCACAAGGCCGUUCGGGUCAUUCUUUGACUUUAUUACCCAACAAUAAACUUUUGAUCAUGGGCGGUGAUAAGUUUGAUUUUGCUAGAAUUGGUGAGGAUGAUUUACACACAUCUGAGGCAGAUAUGGGUUGUGGAACAAUUCUUUAUACGCUUGACCUUUCAAGAUUGAGGGAACUUUGUCCGGGCAUUAUGGACUCUCCACUAGCAAAUACUUCCCAAAGAAACACCUCGACCCCUACUUCAUCCCCAAGACAAAUGAACAAAAGCUUCCCACCUACUCAAAACAUUUUGACGCCUUAUGGUGACAAAUAUCAGACUCCUCAGGCUGAACAAGGCGCUUUUACACCCAUUGAAAAUCCGCAAACUCCAAGGAAUGGAGAAAACAUAACACCUAAUGGAGAUCAAAAUACACCAAUCGAACCCCUUGCUACAUCAGUAGAGGCCAAGAAACCUAAGUCACCAAUCCCUCAAAUUGCCACUUCUUCUUUGCCACCCGCUAAUAUGCCCCCUCGUGUGGUGUCUUUGUCCUCCAACAACGACUCAGACGCUACUCCACCAAGAUUUAAUGAUAGCCAAAUUAGUGAGGGUAGCGCCGAAGAAUACGGCAUCGCCACUAUAGGAAGCUCACCUUCUAAGCAUGAGGUGAUAAAGAGGUCAAUGGAGCACGAUGACAGAACUCUCGAACAACUACCUGAAAUUAGCACACCAACUGCCAGCGAAGAGCAUGACUAUUCGUCAGUUCCUUUUUCACAGAGUGAAUCAAAUGCUAAAAAGAUUGCCUAUCAAAGUCAUGAGCAGUUGGGAUCUUCAUCUGAUACAUCAAAAGAAGAACUGAAGUCAGUGAUUGAAGGUUUACGUCAAGAGCUUCAAGAAUUGAAAUUGGACGCUGAACGGCGAGCUCAAACAGCUAGCCAGCGUAUAAAGGAAGUUGUCAUGGAGAAUUCCAAAUUACAAAGUGAAGAUUCUGACACUAGAUUACUAAAGCUACAGACAAACUUUGACGUUGCCAAGGCUGACAAGAUGGCCCAUCAGGAACACGCAACUCAGUUGGAAAAUAUUUUGAGUCAAAGGUUUUUAGACGUUGAGAAAUUGAAUGAAAUCAUCAAGGAUCAAAGCAAAAGGUUAGGCGAGUUAGAAGAUGAAGAAACUUUUAAGGAGAAGUACAAUGAUCUGAUGACUAAGUAUGAUGCACUACUAGAAGAGAAUGAUUCGUUAAAGCUUGAAAAAAAGCAAGAGAAACGAGAAUUACAUAAUAGCAUCAGGGAUUAUUCCUCCAAAUUGGAAGAGCUUCUUUCCAUAUGGAAAGAAAAGGGUUUUUCAGAUGUUACUGGGGAAUCGGGCGAGCAACGCCAACAGGUGAUUGCAGGUUUUUCAAAUCGAAUCGAUGUUUUAUUAAAAGAACGUACCGAGUUGAGUUCAAGCAAGCAAAAAUUAUCUGACGACUACACGGAUCUUCAAGCAAAAUGUCGUUCAUUGGAGUCAGAGCUUUCUACUAUUGAACAAAACUACAAAGAUAGUCUAAACUCUGUCAACAACGCCAGUAGAGCUCUGACAUUGUCUCAAGAUGAGCUCAAUCGACUCAAACAAGAAAACAAGCGCCUAAAUGAUGAGCUAGAGGAGAUGAAAUAUAAAUCAGGCAAUCGUGCGGACACAAGUUUAACGUCAAACGAUGAUUCUCUCGCUAACACAAGUGCCGUGACAGUCGACUCCUCCAGCGACAUGAGGGAUGCUCCCUAUAAAUUUAAAAUCAAAGACUUGAAGGCCGAACUGUUCAUUAUUAAACAGGAAAGAGACUCUUUGAAGGAUGAUGUGAUGGAGUUAAAGAAAAAGCUAUUGAACCUUGAAAAUGAUGACGAUUGA